AUGUCAAAUUGUGGCGAUGAACGGAUUAUAAUUUUCACAACAAAUCAUAAAGAGAAGCUCGACCCCGCGUUGCUACGCCCCGGUCGAAUGGAUGUGCACAUCCACAUGUCUUAUUGCUCCCCCUCUGGGUUCAAAGUUCUAGCUGACAAUUAUCUUGGUAUCAAAGACCAUGAGCUUUUCGGAGAGAUUGAAGAAUUGAUUCAAACGGCGGAGGUGACACCGGCAGAGGUAGCCGAGCAGCUAUUGAAAGACGAUGAUUACGAGCAUGAUGCUGCACUCAGUGGCCUUAUAAAUUUCCUCCAUGUGAAGAAGAAGGAAAAUGAAGAAGCCAAGGCCAAGAAAGCAGAACAAGAAUCAAUCAAGGAGGAGAGUGAACAAGAAGAUGAGAGUGAUAAGGAAGAGAAAGAAGAGAAACAAACCAGGAUAAUUAAAGUGUGA